AUGCGCCUCGGUCCGGCUCUAUUGACCGGCUCGAAGGGCUGGCGAGCCUUCCAGUCGGGCCCCAUCGGCCGGCGGGCGCCCAGGACGAACACGGGCGUGGCGAACUCCUCGGGACCUGGCCUGCGUCUUCUUAGCAAUCAUCCAGUGCCAAGCAAACCCUCGAUCGCCUCGGGUCCUGGAUCGAGUCAUGGCAGACGGAGAAUGGCUGAGCAGAAAUGGUCGACCAGCAUGGUCUUCCUCACCUCGACCUUGAUCGGCUCGAUCAUGUACGUGGUCGGGAUCAACGUUCAAUUGAAACACGUCGAUGGGCUCGACACAAACGAGCAGAAAUUCCCGGCUCAGCCUCAUCCCAGCCCAGAAGAGUUCACGGCUGCCCUCCAGAAGAUCCAAAAGAUCCUGCCGGCGGACUGUGUUAGUUGGGAUAGAGCCGACCUGCUCUAUCACGGCACCUCACCUUGGACUUAUCAUCAUCCGGAUUGUCUCCCUGGGGCAGUGCUAUACCCAAGGUCGACAGAAGAUGUAUCGAAAAUAGUCAAGGUAGCAUAUAAGUACGGAAUACCGAUCGUGCCAUUUUCUGGCGGAACAUCUCUCGAAGGCCACUUCAAUGCCCCCUCAUCGAAGCCGUCAAACCAGAACACCAAUCCCGCCGAUGAAAGUCAGCUUCAACCCGGACACUCGUUCACGCUGGAUUUCUCGAGAAACAUGAACAAGAUCAUCGAGCUCCAUGAGUCAGACCUAGAUGUCGUCGUCCAGCCCGGAAUUAGUUACGAAAACUUGAAUGAUCAACUCAAACGCUCUCCUUCCCCGCACAAGCUUUUUUUCCCCGUAGAUCCUGGUCCUGGCGCACAAAUCGGUGGUAUGAUCGGCACCGGAUGCUCAGGUACGAAUGCCGUCAAAUACGGCACCAUGCGGGAAAAUGUGAUCAACAUGACGGUGGUUUUAGCCAACGGGGAAAUCAUCAAGACCCGGCAACGAGCAAAGAAGUGUGCAGCCGGGCCCGACUUGGGGAAGCUCUUCAUUGGCUCUGAGGGAACUCUUGGACUAGUGACUGAGGUAACCCUGAAGCUACAGCCGGUCCUACCCGUUUCCGUCGGCGUAACCCAUUUCAAAAACGUCGAUGCGGCCACCAGUACCGUCUUGGAGUUAAUCAAGGAAGGGGUCUCUUUGGCUUGUAUCGAAUUGCUGGAUGACCAAAUGAUGAAAGCUAUCAACCAUAGCUCGAGCGGGCUCAAUUGGGAUGAAAAACCUAGUUUAUUUCUUAAGUUUACCGGGACUUUGGCACAAAUCAAAUCAGACGAAGAGCUCACAGCAAAGAUUCUGAAGAGGAACGGUGGAUCAAAGAUGAGGAUCGCUAAAACUGAUGCGGAAGCCGAAGAAAUCUGGCACGCUAGGAAGGUCUGUCUCUGGUCGACACUCGACUAUAUUCCUGGUCACAGGGCAUGGACCACUGACGUCUGUGUGCCGAUAUCCCAUCUGCCACGGCUGAUCUCAGAGACCAAGACGGACAUCGAAGCCCGCAAGCUGAAGGCAACGAUGCUGGGACACGUUGGAGAUGGAAAUUUCCAUUGCAUUAUCCUCUUCAAAGACGAGGAUGAACUGGCGAAAGUCAGGGAAUGUGUUCAUCAAAUGGUUGAACUCGCCCAACGUCUCGAUGGGACAUGCACAGGAGAGCACGGUGUCGGCAUCGGAAAGAUUGCUCAUUUGGAGAAUGAACUCGGCAAAGGGACGAUCGAAGUCUUGAAGAAGCUUAAGAAAACCCUGGACCCUAAAAACAUCAUGAACCCGGGCAAAUUGAUUCCCUCUGUUUAG